GUCACUCACAAUCAAAAUAUUUAGCCGAAGCAUAGAGUGGAAGUAAAGCCAGGCUUGCUAUAUGAAGGCUAACUAAUUGUUUUUCUGUUUAUAUUGUUAUUUUUGCUUGCUUAAAGGAACGACUAGGAUUACAGAUGGCCGGUUUACCUCCCGGAGACCCGCAGUUGGUCUCUAUGAUCGUGAAUCACUUAAAAACUCAAGGUCUUUUUGACCAGUUCAGAAGGGACUGCUUGGCAGACGUGGACACAAAGCCUGCCUAUCUGAAUUUAAGACAACGGGUGGACAAUUUUGUCUCCAAUCAUCUCUCCAACCACACAUGGAGUCCACACCUGAACAAGAACCAGCUGCGGAACAAUAUCAGACAGCUGGUGCUACAGUCCGGGAUGCUGGAGCAGGGAGUCGACAGGAUAGUCGCGCAGGUCGUAGACCCCAAAAUCCACCACACGUUCAGGCCACAGGUGGAGAAAGUGGUGCGAGAAUUCUUGUCCCCUGGGACCAUGGGCGAGCAGCCAGUGGCCUGUCCCAAUCAGGUGGAGGAGAGACAAGACAUCUACGUACCAGCACCAGGCCCCUCGUCUGCACCUGUAACCACGGCGUCCAGCGACGCCAUGUCCAUUCUGGACACCAUCACCUCUCUGAACCAGGAGGCAAGCAUCUGGACCAGCGGGGACAAGGCUGGCAGGAGGGUCAGCCCAGCACUGGGUCCCGAUGGUGGGCCGGAGAGGGACCCAUCGCAAGACGAGACCCAGGAGGAGAUGGAAGUGGGGGAGCAGGACAUGAGUCUGGUGGAGGAGGAGGAAGAGGAGCAGGAGCAGGAAGAGAAGGGGAAUGGGGAGGAGGGUAGCGAGGAGAAACCUGGUCCUGAGGCCCUAGUCCAGGUCCAGGAGGCUGAGGUGGAGGAUGCCCCGGAGGUUAGCGGCCUGGAAAAACUGGGACCCGAAGAGGACGAGGAGACUAGGGAGCCAGCGGAAGAGACCAGGGAGGUGAAGGCUGAGGAGGGGAAGGAGAAAGAGAAAGAAAAGGAGAAAGAGAAGGAGAAGGCCGGCAGCAAAUCUGCAGGCAAGGCCAGAGAAGAUGGGGAGCCCCAGAAGUCCCCCAGCGAGAAGCAACACAUGCGUCAGAAAGCCAGGGAGAGGUUAAAAGAAGAAUACUCUCUGGAGGACUCUGACCUGGAUGGCUUGAGUGACAUCACAGUGAGCUCUGUCCACACCAGCGACCUGUCCUCCUUUGAGGAGGAGAGCGAUGAGGAGCCACAGCUAUCCGACAGCACAGAGGAGGGCGAGAUCACUUCUGAGGAGGAGGAGCUGGAGAGCAAGCCGAAGGCCGCAGACAAGCCCAAAGAAGAGGAGCCCAAGGAGCGGAAACCCCGCGGAGGGAGGCAGGCCUACGUCCACAAGCCCUUCCUCUACUCCCGUUACUAUAGCGACUCUGACGACGAGGUCACGGUGGAGCAGCGGCGGCGCUCUGCGGCUAAAGAAAAAGAGGAGAGGUUGCUGAAGAGACAGCAGAACAGAGAGCGGAUGGAGGAGAAACGCAGACAGAAGGCCACCCAGCAGGAGGAGAAUGAUGAGGGAAGGUCAGAGUCGUCCUCUCCAAACCUUGAGCCGCAGGGACCGAGCGCCAAGGAGGCCCGCAAACAGAAGAAGGUUCUGGAAAAGAAGGUGGCCAUCAGUCGUAAGAGGAAGAGAGAUUCCAGGAAGGAGGAUGAGCCUGGAAAUAAGAAGAAGGGCGAUGUGGAAGAGGAGUUACUGAAGAAGUCUGAUGAAGUGGCGAGGGGCGGCCCCUCCAAAGGCCAGCCGUUCAGGGGCCCCAGGAGGGCGUCGGAGCCGGACGAGGGCCGGAGGCGGAAGAGCAGCAGCGUGUCCGAGGAGGGUCCCCCAGCAGGGGGGGGCGGCGAGCAGCGGAGGGCGGCGGACAGGAGCCGAACGCACUCCUUCAUCCUGGACCUGGAGCAGGGCUCCGAAGGGCUGCUCCGCCAGAGGCCCGGGGGCAAGUUCGACAGGAACCCCAAGCCCCCCAGAGAGCGGGGCGAGCGGGAGCGCAGCCUGUCGGACGAGCGCGCCAAACACAAGCCCAAACCCGAGAAGAGAGGAGGGGGCGAGGCCUACGCCGAGGAGAGCCUGCAGAGAGACCCGGGUCACGUGACCAAGGGGCCCGCCGACGAGAAAGCCGAGAGGAAGAGCAAGAGCAGGGGGGACAGGCGGAGCUCCACGUCCGCCAGGGAGGGCCGGACCUCCGUGUCGGAGGGCGGGGCGGCGGAGGAGGGCGGGGCCAAGCGGGCGAGGAUCGUUUCGGGCGACGGCGUCAGGGCGGACAAGGCCAGGGCGGAGAAGGGGGCGCCGAAGAGCGAGGGGAGACUGCUGCUGGUGCCGCACGAGUCCGCCGGGUCCUCCGAGGACAGGUCAGACAUGGAGCCGGGGUCAGAGGUCGCCAAGAAGAAGGACAGGCAGCCCAAAGAGCCGCCCAAGCGCUCGAAGAGCCAGCCGGAGGUCAGGGACGCCGCCGGGGCAGACCGCCGGUCCAGGGCCGGCUCCGAAUCGGACGCCGACCCGGGGUCGAGGGUCAGGACGGCGGCGGAAAAAUCCAGGUCCAGGUCGAGGGAGGACCCCAAAACUCCGGCCACGCCCAGGGGAGAAAAGAAGGGCUCCACCCCGGAGAGCAAGGGCAAAGGGACCAAGCCCUCCAAGGAGAGGAGGAAAGAAAGCGCCUCCAAGGAGGAGAAGAGGAGAGAGGGAAGCCUGAAGGAGGAGAGGAAGGCGUCCGAGGAGAGCGCCGCGGAGAAGGCCGGGAAGGGGGCGGGGCAGAAGGGCGCGGAGGCGGAGAGAAAGACGGGCGAGGAGGCGAGCCGGGGCUCCAAGGGAGACCAGCCGUCCCCCGGCUCCUCCCUGUCUCCGCCCAUUCCGGACACCAGCAACCCCGCCCCCGCCCCCCUGCCGGACACCAGCCUGGGCCCCGAGGCCCUGCCCGUGGCCCUGCCCGUGGCCCCGCCUGCGGCCCCGCCCGCACCGCUUGCUGUCGGCCUAGCGGACGAUGCCUUCGACGCCCUGAGUGACAUCACCCCCGAGCCGGAGGACGAGGGCGAGAUGCAGAUCGACGAGGACGCGGACGCGGGCGCCACGGAGACCCCGAGCGGAGGGCUCCCGUUGGACGGCGGGUUCGGCCCGGGAGGAAGUGAUGUCGCGGCGGCUCAGGCCCGGCUGGCGUGGCCAGGGGAGGAAGGAUUCGGGAUGGGGUGCACGCCGUCCGAAAUGUCCCUGCGCGAGGCGGCUCUCACCCUGCUGUCCAUGGACCCCGACACCACCACCUCGCCCGGCAUGGUCGCCGAGGCGAUCUCGCCCGCGCCGCGGCAACCGGAGAGCCGCGGCGACGAGGCGGCAGGUUUGGACAGCCGCGCCCUCCCUCAGACAGACCGGGUCUCCGACAGCCUGCCUGGCACUGAAGCAGGGCUAUCGCAGGGAUCUGUGGAAACGCUAACGCCUGAUAGCGAGCCGGCUGUUAGCACAGGACUUUUGGACACAGCUGUGAAGGAGGUCAGUGUGUCUGAGGUCUCGUCUGCGUCAGAGAGACCGUCCUCACAGGUGAGGGGCGCCGCCGCCGCGCCCUGCGCUCAAACCGAAGCGGAGCACGCCGGAAGCGUGCCCGAACCCCAGCCUGAGGAGAGGCCUGUGGCCGGUCCCGAAGUCUCCGCUCCUUUAGAGCAGAGCGAGGAGCAGGAACCCGUCCCGGACAGUGAGGGUCCCCUCGUCACCACUGCUCAGAUCAGAGCAGAAGCCAGUGAUGGCAGCAGUGGAGAGAUGGAGUGUUCUGGACAGACCACCACAGACCAGGCAGACAGCAGUGAGCCGUCGGCAGUGGCUGAGGAGGUGGAGGGUAAGGUGGAGAGCCAGGGGGAGGUGCUGAGCAGUACCAUGGAUACGGUGCCCAGUAGUGACGGCCCAAGCACAGAGGGUGAGAGCCAGCCUGAUCAGGCAGGAAAAGCAGAGGGAAGUGCAAAGGAGGAAGGAGAAAAGACAGAAGAGGCGGUCACCGAACGCAAAGGACGACGGGCUAAAGCUGCUACCAAGGAGACCGGUAAAGAGAAGAAGAUGCAAGAGAAGGGAGAGUCCGAGGUUGCAAGCUUGUCUUUUCGUUUCCAUGUAUUUGUAUAAAAAAGAUGAUUGUUCCAGACUACUUCAUAUAAAUGAGAUGAAUUGUUUGGUUUUGUCUGCAGUGGUAUUGAAACUUACAGUGAGCUCCAUAAUGUUUAGGACAAAGACAUUUUUUUAUUCUUUACUCAACCAUUUUAAUUGUACAGAGUACAGAGACAAGUCAAGAAGAAGAAAAAAAAAAAGUCCAAAACUUUAUGGAGCUCACUUUAUGCAUUGUUUGUGUUGUGGAAGUUUUUAAUAUGUCGUGUAACAGUAGAACAUGACAAUGAAGAUUUUUAUGUUAAAAAUAAAAUUAAGGACAUUAUUUAAUUAUUUUUCUUGCUUAUAGUUA